UUUGUUUGCUGCUGGUCUCCUGUCUUCCCAGCAUCGCGCAGUACCGCUCGGAACGGCAGACGGGCUGAAGAGAGAGACAGACAACCGCUCGUUGUCACAUAUAACUUCGUCACCAAUUAAACCCGACACCCCAAAAUCUGCUCUAUCUGCUCACAAACCAACGGUCCCUCUCGCAAUAGACAAUUAAAACGCUUGCUGGAUUACUUUUCCUCCGGAGGUGUUGGUUGUGUUGAUGUGAAAUAAGCUGGGCUUUAGAGAGUUGCGUUUCUCGGCUGUUUCCAAUCCAUCUCGCCUGAAGGUCAGAAAUAAAGAGGAGAACCGAGACAGUCGGCGGAGAGGGAGCCCCACACUGGCCGCAGCGCAGAGUCUCUCCACCGGGGCCCGCUGGAAGGGACGUCCAGGUAAACCCUACUGGACCGGAGGACACCAUAACACCACCCACAUCGGCCUCUCUGACAUAGCUGAGGGUUACCCAGGGAGGAAGAGAAGAAGAAGGAGAAGGGGCUGAGGAGGGUCCAGACGGCCAGCCGCCCAGGAGAGAUGGCCUGAACACACUGGAGGAAGAGGAGACGCACAAAGGAGGAGGAGGAGGAGGAGGAGGAUAGUCCCAGCCCCAGCAGAGUCAGAUGACAGGAGGAGCAGAAAGAGGAAAGCUUCUGAAGGACCAGUGACCAGGGAGCCAGGGAUAGAGAAAUAGAAAUACACUGUGUGUAGAGAGAGAGAGAGAGAGGGGUAGAGAGAGGGGUAGAGAGGGAGGAGGGGGCAGUGGAUGGGGAGAGCCACUCGCUGACACCAGUCCAGGCGUUGAAGUGGUUGCCAGUGAGGAGGGGGGGAGGUGGAGGUUGGUUUGGCGAUGAGGAUGAUUGCGGUCGGGGAGGGAAGGUCUGAGGGUCUUAGAUAGGAAGGUGUGUUGGGGGGGGGGGGGGGGGGUAAAAUAGCGGAGGAGAGACCAGGGCAUUACGAAGUGGCUGAUAGAGAGGUGAGAGUGGAGAGUGGAUAGGUGGAGAAAAAAAACUGUAAAGGAGGAAAGAGUGGGGGGAAGUGAGAAAUAUCCCGCAAGACAAUCUGUGAAAAAGCACCAGAGAGAGAGAGAGGGAGAGAUAGAGAGAGAGGCAGAGAGAGAGAGAGAGAGAGAGAGAGAGAGAGAGAGAGAGAGAGAGAGAGAGAGAGGGAGAGGGAGAGGGAGAGAGACGGAGAUAGCAGGUAGAGGUGUGGAAGCAGCUUGCAGCAGGCUACUGGGGUGGUGUUGGUGGGUGGGGGAGGGGGUGGGGUUCAGAACAGUGGAGAUAGUGGAAGGGUGGGAAGAGAGGAAGACCAGGGAGUUGAAGGGGGGGGUUUUAUAGAGAAGGGAUAAAAUAGAAGGUUCUGGAUGGUCUCCACGGCGCUGGACAGCUGGUCCCGCCCCUUUCAGAGAUGGCCUCCAACUUUAACGACAUCGUCAAGCAGGGCUAUGUGCGGAUGCGCAGCCGCAAGCUUGGGAUCUACCGGCGCUGCUGGCUGGUGUUUAAGAAGUCUUCCAGUAAAGGACCUCGCCGGCUGGAGAAAUACCACGACGAGAAGUCGGCCUACAUCAGAACCUGCCCCAAGGUGACAGACAUCAGCGAUGUGAAGAACAUCACGCGGUUGCCAAGGGAUACCAAACGACAAGCAGUGGCCAUUGUUUUCACAGAUGACACGUCGCGCACAUUUACAUGUGAAUCAGAGCUGGAGGCAGAGGAGUGGUUCAAGACGCUGUCAAUCGAGUGUCUGGGGACCCGCCUCAAUGACAUCAGCAUGGGGGAGCCUGACCUUCUCGCUGCCGGGGUGCAGUGUGAACACACGGAGCGCUUCAACGUCUUCCUGCUGCCCUGCCCCAACCUGGACAUCUACGGCGAGUGCAUGAUGCAGAUCACGCACGAGAACAUCUACCUGUGGGACGUGCACAACCCGCGCACCAAGCUGGUCACCUGGCCGCUGUGCUCCCUGCGGCGCUACGGACGCGACGCCACGCGCUUCACCUUCGAGGCCGGACGUGGGGAGGGCCUGUACACCUUCCAGACCCGGGAGGGGGAGCAGAUCUACCAGAGGGUCCACUCGUCCACACUGGCCAUCGCCGAGCAGCACAAGAAGGUCCUGCUGGAGAUGGAGAAGAGCAGCAGGUUGAUGUCCAAGGGUUCAGAGUCGGGCUCCUACCCGUGUACCCCCACGGCCAUCCUGCCCCGCUCCGCCUUCUGGCACCACAUCACCGGGAACCAGACGGGCAUGGACCCCGGCAACGAUGACGGCAUGGAGGACGAGUUGCUCUCCAGCACACACCUUUCUCGAGACCGCCACGCCUCCCUGCCGAUGGCGCAUGCUCACACACACACCCAUAGCCAGCCCCCGCCGUGCACACACUCUCCGACACACUACCCCACCUACCCCGGAGAGUGAUGCUCAUCCCUGGGAAGGGGAAACGGAGGAACACAGGGGGGAAGGGGGCGGGGAGACACUUCGGGUCGGAGUGCACUGAGUAGGGUACAGAUACAUGAUAUUUACACACACACACACACACACACACACACACACACACACACACACACACACACACACACACACACACACACACACACACACACACACACACACACACACGCGCAUGCCCGCACGCACAUGUAUGCACAAACACACAUAUACAUUUACGACUUUGAUUUUACGCCAGAAGUGGUCCGCUGCACCGACGGACAUCAGGAACUGCCUUGCGGUCGUGGAGAGCUACAACCUUAAACAGAGAGUGGAAACAAGGUUUUUCCCGUGGACUGUCAAGUAGAAAAUCAACCUUUUUUUUUUGAUUAUUCGCUUAAUGGACCUACAUUUUCCAUAAUCCCACAGGACAACAUAAUGAACAAUGCUAGGCAUGUUAGUAUUUUUCCGUGACAGUCAUCAUGCUGGCUUAUCAUACAACAUGGCCGCCGGGGCCCUCUGUUUGGGUGGCGGGAUCGGACCCUCUGGCCCUGCAGAGAACCUUCGGCUGCUACAGCCUGACCCUAAAGAACUCUGUUCAGCCGAGUGAUGACAGCCCUGGUGGGUAACCACCAACCAAUGAAAGACAACUGAUGCUGGCGAUAACUGGCAGGAUGUGACUUUAGGCUCCGCCUACUGGAUUUGUUGGGCUAAACUCUGGAGCUUAACUGUCCCAAAACCACACGGUGGAUUGGAGCUCUUAAUUACCCUGCCUCCCUCUACGUCCUCUUUCCUUUUCUCCUUUCUUCCUCUGGGUCGGUUCCGAUAUCAGUCCGGGUUCUUUGUCUUAAACUACAACAAAACGCAUUUCUUUCUCUAUGUACCUCAUUGCUAGCUUCAUUUUCAACGCUAGACUCAAAUAGGCCUCAAAGCCCUCUGUUUCCAGACUCUCGCAGGUCCGUGUCGAAUGUGUGACUCUGUCUGUGUGUGUGUGUGUGUGUGUGUGUGUGUGUGUGUGUGUGUGUGUGUGUGUGUGUGUGUGUGUGUGUGUGUGUGUGUGUGUGUGUGUGUGUGUGUGUGCGUGUGUUUGUGUGUAUGGAGGUCCUCCGUGGCAUGGUUUACUCACUAAAAUGACCUUAAUAGAAUAGCCUAUUCAAACUUUUGUUUUUUAGGUUCCAAAACCGUCAUAACCUCAACCCACCUCUCGCCGGUUCCUACUUGCCUUGUGUUUAUACUUCAGCCUGUGUGUAUGUGCGUGUGUGCGUGCGUUGCUUUUGUUUCUGUGUGAGUGUGUACGUGUGUAUUGAGACUGAACGGGUCUUUAAAAAAUCUAGAACCUCUUACUUCCUCUUAAAGCUUGACAUUGCAACACACGCAUGCUCCUUGCCUUCCAUUCCGCUCCAUUCCGGAAACCACCGCCAUUGUUUUGCUCUGUUUGUCUUGUUGUUCUUCUAUUGUCUAUCUAUGGGAUGUGCGGCAUGAGGCAGCCACAAGGAGGAAGAGGAUGGAGAAGGAAGGGUGGGCGAGAUCAGGUGAUCCUAGUGCAAGAAAAGGAGGAAGGUCAAGCCAUGGAGGUGGAUUAAAAAAAAAAAUUUAACAUACACCAUUUUGUUUUUCAUCCCACAGUCCCCCCAAGUACGCCAUUUUGGAGACAGAUUUAUUCCAGAGGUCUGUAAACUGUAAAAACACUUUAAUGAAUUGAUAGAACCACCCCUACAGGUUGUGUCUGGGUUAGAUGCAAUCUGAAACAUGGGUUUUUGGGUCAGUUAUAACGUUCACUUUAUUCACUUUAGAUAUGUUUGAUUAAAAAACUGCUCACUUGGUGGUGAAAGGCAAAUUUUAACUUGGGACUACGAGUUAAAACCGUGCUUGCAUUUAAUGUUGAUGAUGACCAGAUGCCGAAUUUUGGUUUGGACAUUGACCGGGGUUGGUGUGAGCAAUGAAAGUUCAUCCCGGAAAUCUAAAGCAGGCCAAACUAGACUGUUUAUUUUUUUUAAUUCAACAUGAAAGGGCUUUAUUUCAUGUGUGUAUUUAAGGAAAGCUGUGUAUUUUCUGUGUGCCCAUUUGUGUACAUACUGUACAUGUGACUUCAUUUCUGCCUUUUGCUGCCCUCUUUGGUGACUUUUCUGUACAUAACUUUAUUUAUUUUGCAUUGUGUUACAUUGUGCGAGUGUGAUUACGUGAGACCGUGUGUGGGUGUGUGUGAGUGAGAGCGAGAGAGCGAGCGUGCGUGAGAGAGAGAGAUUGGGUGACACUGGUGAUUGCUUGUGGGGAUUGUAUUGAUUGUACAUGCAUGCACUAGAGAGCUUUUAGAACGUUGUAUGGUUGACCAUGUGUGGGCCUCACGUGAUGGACCUGCAGGCACACGGUAGGAGUAGGUUCAGACAGCCCAUGGGUACGUUCCAAUAGUCAUUCAAUCGCUAUUACACACGCCCUCGCUUCCUUAAUCUCCCAAUGGUCUCCUCGACAACUCACUCUAUGCCAAUACGAAGUGAGAUAGAGAAGAAGCACUAAAGUGGAUGCUGAUUCGGCUUCGGACCGAGGGUACAUCAGUGUAUCCUACACAGGAAAUGCUUUGACGUCUUUGGACUUUAUCCUAAGACAUAUGACCAUAUAGAAGCUCAGAAGGUUGUGAUUAGCCCGGUUCACCAACAGGUGUGCUCACCUUUUAAUGAUGCUGAGGAAGCUUAGCCGUCUCUUUAACUCACUGCUCCCGUCCUCUUGCUCCACCACAGGUCCCACUUGUUUCGGUGAGGGUAUAGGGUUGAGCAGUAGGGCGGAGGAGGUGGGAAAUAGAUUUGGAACGCACCCCAUGUUCCACCUCGACAAGUCUCCAUGUGUCCUUCGGCUUCUCUUCUUGAAUUUAAGCUUGAAUCUUUUUUUUUGCAUUAUUAAUUCAACUUUGAAAUCACUUCCUCUCUGUAGAUGCCUGUACCCCGUGUAUUUUACUAAGAAAGGACAUUUUAUUGUACACUUUUGCUACAGGAAGCAAACGUAAAAACAGUAAUUUAAAUGUAAAUCAAAUUAGCAUAGCAUUGAAAAUGUUUGGACAAUGUCAUCGUCAGUUAGGGGUUCCGGUAAGUGGCACAUCUGUUAGGUUUCCUCCAGUUUAUAUUUUUUAUUUAAUGCAUCAAUCAAAUAGAGUACAUGUUUGUGGUUGUAGCAUUUUAUCGUAUCCCGGUACCAGCACACACUGGUUGAUAGCUGACCUUUCCUUAGCUUGUAAGCAAGAGAAAAACGUUGCUUUUUUCAACCAUUUUAGGUCUUCACCAAGUGCAUGUUUUGGAGAAAAAUAAAUAAAGUUAAUUACAUAAUAAACAAAGUGUGUCACUCUA